ACGAUCCACCACUCGGCCUCUGCUCUAGCUGUGCACUCUGACCUCAUCCAGCUGAGGCAUUUAAAGUUGAUAGCCUUACAAUUGUUGUUAAUUUAUUAGAUUAACGCCAUGUCUGUGCUUGUAAAAACAUUAGGAACAGGUUCCAGGCUGCUGCACAGAGCAGUUGCAGUUUUGAGUCGACCAUAUACAAGUGGUGCCCAAGAGGCGAAUUUUAUCACCCAAGAAUGUAAACUACACAAACUAGAAUCAGGACCAUCGACAGAAGUGAGUCUAAACCGCGACGAUGCUUUGAGAAUUUAUCGUACCAUGCAGGUGAUUCGUCGAAUGGAGACAGCUGCCAGUAACCUUUACAAGUCUAAGGAGAUUCGUGGCUUUCUUCAUCUCUAUUCAGGACAGGAAGCAUGUGCGGUUGGUAUGAAAGAAGCAAUGCGUGAAACUGAUCAUGUGAUCACAGCGUAUCGUUGCCAUGGCUGGACUUACUUGAUGGGGGUCAGUGUUCAUCAAAUUCUCGCUGAGCUUACAGGUCGUCAAACUGGUAUCCAGAAAGGCAAAGGUGGAUCCAUGCACAUGUACACCAAAAAUUUCUAUGGAGGAAAUGGUAUUGUUGGUGCUCAGGUGCCACUUGGCGCUGGGGUCGCCCUUGCCCAGAAAUACAUGAGCACCGGUGAUGUGUCGGUGACGUUGUACGGAGAUGGUGCAGCCAAUCAAGGGCAAAUCUUUGAAGCCUAUAAUAUAGCAAAACUGUGGGACUUACCAUGUAUCUUUGUUUGUGAAAACAAUAAGUUUGGAAUGGGUACAGCAGUCGAUAGAGCAUCAGCUUCAACUGACUACUUCUCUCGAGGAGAUUAUGUCCCUGGACUCUGGGUUGAUGGCAUGGAUGUGCUGGCAGUGAGAGAGGCAAUGUUAUGGGCUGCCGAAUACUGCAGAGCAGGAAAGGGUCCCUUAGUUAUGGAAGUUGAGACGUACCGGUAUUAUGGACAUAGUAUGAGUGAUCCAGGAACAAGUUAUCGUACUCGCGAGGAAAUUCAAGAAAUCCGCCAGCAGAGAGAUCCCAUCACCAACUUCAAAGAGCGAAUAACUUCAAGCAAUCUUGCAACUGUUGAUGAACUGAAGAAAAUUGAUUUAGAAGUGAGAGGUGAAGUUGACGAUGCUGUCAAGAAAGCCAAGACCGAUCCUGAACUUCCUGUAUCCGAGGCUUUUCAUGAUAUUCACUACAAAUCACCGAGCGUUGUCCGGGGAUGUGAUGCAUUCACCUUCCAUCAAUCUCGCUAAUAUUUCAAUAAAUAAAUGCAAUGAAAAAGUUUAUUAAUGUAGAAAAAAAAUAUUCAUAUUAUUAUAGUAUUGUUUCAUGAUUUUAAUAGUGUGUGUUGUAUAUCUAAUGCAACGAUACAGAUCAAAUAUAUACACAAUUUAAGCCAAAAAUGGUAAUAUUUUAAAAUAUGCUACAGUUUCUUGAAUAUAAGCCCACCACCAACACACUUAACUUUUGAAUAAUUUUCUUGCAAAUUACUCACUCUAUAAAUAAUAACAUACAAAAAGUACAUUUUGUAAAAAGGUUAAAGGUUAUUCAUUAAAAACAAAAUUAUAUUUUGGUGUAUCUCUGGAAAUUCCAUGUUCAAAGAGGGUGAGCUUGUACAAGGAAAACUAUGGUAUGUGUAAAGUAAGCUGUAGCUUUGCCAUUAAGAUGCUUGACACAACCCCCGAGUUUUAUCGGUUUUAUUUAUUUUAAAUAAAAUUCUUCUAUUUUGAAAGCCUCAUAAUGCUCUUCAGCAGACACGUACAGCAACACAUUGUGUUUUAAAAACCUGCAGGUUUGCUGUUGAAUACACAAGUAAUUAAAUACAUUUUGGACAGUAAAUGUUUUGCUGUGUUCAAUUGUAUAUUUUUGUUGUAUCUAGGUUUUACCCAUUUUGAGAAAGCUAAUUUUUUCUGUUUCGAAAAUACACCACUAUUAAACAGACCCGGGGGGGCUCACUCUUAAAUAUUUCUAUACAGGUAGGUGCUGCAUUUACAGGGGUAUUUUUGAGGAAAUGGUAGGACAAGUGCGGGCAAUACCUAGGUAAAAUUGGUAGUUGAAGUCCCUGCUCCGUUCCAUAUCAAAGUAGCAUAAUUUUUCACACGAUUUUAGCAAAGAUUUUUUGCUAACCUCCGUCCUGAACCUACCGUUGAUACAUAGCCACGAACAGUAGAGAUUGCUAACAGACAGAAUCGCUGUCUUAUUCGCCAUUGGGAACCAGUACAAGUUAAAUUUGGUAGGUUACAUUAAACUCGAUGACAACCAACUGUA